CGCAGUGAGCAGCGGUGUUCAGAGCGGAGAGCGCGGCGUGUGUGCGGAGCUCUGCGCGGUGAACGGGACCCAAGUCAGCAGAACCUGACUGAUAGAGGAACUAUUAUUGUUUUUGUUUUUGUUUUUUGAUCUCUGUGUUUAUACUGGAUACUCGUUUCUCGCUCAACAUGGCUGUGACUGAAGCUGGAUGCGAUCUGACUUACUGCAAAAUGAGGGGGAUUGUAGCCGUUGUCACGGCUUUCAUCAAGGAGAGAAAAAUGGGGCUGAAUGACUUCAUACAGAAGCUGGUGUCUACUCCACAUAUCUGCCAACAUGUUGAAGUUAAUAACUUCCUGAAGAUUGAUGAGAAUCAGAACGAGGAGGUUGAAAAUGAUGAACUUCCUGAUAGUCCGAUGUGCCUAAAUUCAAGAAGUUCACUGGUUGAGGACACUCAGAUCAAACCCUGUGAUUUUGACUACCUCAAAAUCAUCGGCAAAGGCAGCUUUGGAAAGGUUCUGCUGGCUCGACACAAGGAGUCAACAAAAUACUACGCUGUCAAAGUGCUACAGAAGAAAAUCAUCCUGAAGAAGAAAGAACAAAAGCAUAUCAUGGCUGAGCGCAGUGUGCUGAUGAAGAACAUCAAGCAUCCCUUCCUGGUGGGGCUGCACUACUCCUUCCAGACUACUGACAAGCUCUACUUUGUACUUGACUACGUCAAUGGCGGAGAGCUAUUCUACCAUCUUCAGAGAGAGAGGAUCUUCCUGGAGCCCAGAGCCAGGUUCUAUGCUGCUGAAAUUGCAAGUGCACUUGGCUACCUCCACUCCCUGCACAUUGUAUACAGGGACCUGAAGCCUGAGAACAUCCUGCUGGACUCACAGGGACAUAUUGUCCUGACUGACUUUGGCCUCUGCAAAGAAGGUCUUGAGGCCAAUGGUACCACAACAACCUUCUGCGGGACGCCUGAGUACUUGGCCCCUGAGGUUCUCCAGAAGCAAGCAUACGACCGCACAGUUGACUGGUGGUGCCUGGGAUCUGUGCUCUACGAGAUGCUCUAUGGACUCCCCCCGUUCUACAGUCGCAACACAGCUGAGAUGUACAACAACAUCCUGCACAAGGCUCCGGUGCUGAAGCCCAACGUGUCAAAUUCAGGCAGGGAGCUGCUGGAGGGGCUCCUGCAGAAGGACCGCACCAAGAGGCUGGGAGUGAAGGACGAUUUUCUCGAACUCAAGUACCAUUCCUUCUUCUCUCCCAUCAACUGGGACGACUUGAUGGCGAAGAAGAUCACACCUCCAUUCAUCCCCUCAGUGAGUGGUCCCACAGACCUCCGACACUUUGACCCCGAGUUCACCCACCUGCCCGUGUCCUCCUCCCUGUGCACCGACACCCUGACUGUGACCAGCAGCAUCAAGGAGGCAGCGGGAGCCUUUCCGGGCUUUUCUUACGGGCCCCCGGCAGACCACUCCUUUAUGUGAACAUCCCCGCCCUUUGCUGUCCCGGGAACUCACAGGAAACAGGAUAAAAGCUCUGGAUCGAGAGUCUUUUAUUAACAGAGGGACCACACUGGAGUAGUCUGUCUGGAGGGACGUUUUAAGAGGAUCUAACUGAUAAAAUGGACAUGAACACCGGGGAUCUUGUGCAUGACUUGUGUACAGAUGGGGACUCUCAUGUUACAACACCACUGGCCCCAUUCUUCUGCCUCAACCACCCGAAAACUAACAAUACGUGUGCCAAGUAUGGAUGCACUCUGGGGUCAGACAACAUCACUACCCUCCGAUGACCCUGGAUCUCACGUCUACCGGUGAAGUGACAUGAAGAGAAGUGCCUGAGGUUCAAAAGGCAGUUUGGACGGCAGCAACAGCGUUGGCGAGAUCCAGCUUUAUCAAAAACCACAAGUUUCACUUGAGCGGACUUUUGACCAGGGCGCUAGCCGUUAAGGGUGAUGCCUUCAUUACGUGUCUGCAUAUGUUAAAACUGUAUUUGUCUCAAAGUUCACAGUGCGUUUUUAUUUUCAUGUGAAUGCUCAAUUGCACUUGAGGAAACAAGGGUCAAGAAAAGUGAAAGAUUCUGCUUUAAGCAUCAGCUACUUGGAUUUAAAUGACUGCAUAUCUUCCCACUUGUGAAUUCAUAUCUCCACUUUGGACAAAUAAAUGACGGCAUUUCAAUACUGUACAGUACUAGUGAUACUUGGACCAAACAGUUAACCAUGUUCUGCUUUUACAAAAACACUUUUUUUUGACCGGCUUGUCCUCGUAAACUGAAGAUCAAACUUUUACUGUACUGUGUAGAAGAAAAAGUUACACAUAUUUUAUUGAAAAACCAAAAGGUUUUCCAUGUUUUAAUAACCAUAAACAUACACUGUUUACUUUUAAGAAAACUCUGCAUAUAUUAUAAACGAGUUAUACUGUUUCCUUGUACAUAAAAAUAGAUUUAAUGAAAAUUCUAUUUCCUGUAUGGCAAUAUAUUUCUUUUUUUUUGUUUUUUUUUCCAACUCCUUUUCAUUUACAACCAGUGACUGUGUUAAUCUAUAUCUGUUGUUUGCAAACUUUAUGAAAGAUUUCUCUUAUUGAUCAGGAGAGUGCGAUACAGAGUUCAACCAGCAAUAACAGGCGCACAUCAAUGAUAGCACAUACUGUAUAUCAAACUUCUUUUAAACUGAAGUGAUUGCUGUUUUAUUGCAAACACUCUAGAGAAAAGUAGAAUCUAUUACAAAUGUUUUUUGUAUUUAUGCAUCAUGUAGAGAAGAACUGUGAAUGUCUUGUGCCUGUCCAAGGCGGCCUGAUCCAUGUAUACUGUACAUAUCUCCUCUCCCUAAACCUCCUGCUCCCUUCUCUAAACAAGAAUCUGUAUAAAAAAAAGUGCUUCGUUAACUUGAUGAAGAACCACUAGGUGGAGCAGGCGUUGGUGUUUAGCCACACGCCUACUGCAUGAUAUGGUUCUGGAAAGUGCAAUAAAAUCUUGUCCGCUUGGAAAGAAUAAUUAUCAUUUCAUCUAUUUUAGCAGAAGUGUAAGUUGUAAUAUAUGAACUGAUAUUCAUUAAAUUAUUACGAAAGGAUGUUCAGUCAAACAGAAUUUGCUCAUAACUUUGUUUUAUUGCCCCACAUUUUAGGCUGAUGGAUACAGGAAGUGCAUUUUCAAGCCUGCUGAGAAUUAAAAAAAAUAACAACAACAACAAAAAAAAAGGCAGCACACAGUUCUAGAUCAUUUUCUUCCAUAUUUGGAAGCAUUACUUUUCUGUUUUGUAUUUUUAUGUAUAUUUAUUUUCAUGCCACUGCUACUGUAUAAAAGAAUUUACAUGAUCAACUGAAAUAUUGAAUUGUAAUCUGUGUCAGAAAUGGCAAAUAAAAUCUCUAAAUUGGA